GCCAGCGCGGCGCGACCAAUGGGGCACGGCGGCGGCGGGAGGCGGGUUUAUAAGGGAGGAGGCGCCGGCAGCCGCACGCCCGGCCCGUCCCGUCUCCGAGCCGCCAUGGCCGUGGUGCGGCUGCGCGCGAUCGUAGCGCUGCUCUGCCUCGUGCCGCCGCUCGGCUUCGCGGAUCCCCUGGAGGAGGAGGACGGAGUGCUGGUGCUGCGUGCCGCCAACUUCGAGCAGGCCUUAGCGGCGCACCGCCACCUGCUCGUGGAGUUCUACGCGCCGUGGUGCGGGCACUGCAAGGCGUUGGCUCCGGAGUACGCGAAAGCGGCGGCGCAGCUGAAGGCGGAAGGUUCGGAGAUUCGCCUGGCCAAGGUGGACGCCACGGAGGAGGCGGAGCUGGCGCAGCAGUUCGGCGUGCGCGGUUAUCCCACCAUCAAGUUCUUCCGCAACGGGGACAAGGCCGCGCCCCGCGAGUAUACAGCUGGCAGAGAAGCAGAUGAUAUUGUCAGCUGGCUGAAGAAGCGCACGGGCCCGGCUGCCACUACCCUGACAGAUGCUGCUGCGGCAGAGACGUUGGUGGAUUCCAGUGAAGUGGUUGUGAUUGGUUUCUUUAAGGAUGUGACGUCAGAUGCUGCGAAGGAGUUUUUGUUGGCAGCAGAAUCUGUGGAUGACAUUCCUUUUGGGAUUUCUUCCAGCGCUGACGUUUUCUCCAAGUACCAGCUUAGCCAAGAUGGAGUGGUCCUUUUCAAGAAGUUUGACGAAGGCCGUAACAACUUUGAAGGGGAUCUUACGAAGGACAACUUGCUGAACUUCAUCAAGUCUAAUCAGUUGCCUCUUGUCAUAGAGUUUACUGAGCAGACCGCUCCUAAAAUCUUUGGAGGAGAGAUCAAGACUCACAUUCUGCUGUUCUUACCAAAAAGUGUGUCUGAUUAUGAAGGGAAAUUGGACAACUUCAAGGCUGCAGCUGGAAACUUCAAAGGGAAGAUCCUGUUCAUCUUCAUAGACAGUGACCACAGUGAUAAUCAAAGGAUUCUGGAGUUUUUUGGCCUAAAGAAAGAAGAAUGUCCAGCUGUACGCUUGAUAACACUGGAAGAAGAAAUGACCAAAUACAAACCUGAAUCAGAUGACCUCACAGCUGAUAAGAUCAAGGAGUUCUGCAAUAAGUUCCUGGAGGGCAAGAUCAAGCCUCACCUGAUGAGCCAGGAUCUCCCUGAAGACUGGGACAGGCAGCCUGUCAAAGUUCUUGUUGGGAAGAAUUUUGAGGAAGUUGCUUUUGAUGAGAAUAAGAAUGUCUUUGUGGAGUUCUAUGCCCCCUGGUGUGGUCACUGUAAGCAGCUGGCUCCUAUCUGGGACAAGCUGGGAGAGACCUACAGGGACCAUGAGAACAUUGUCAUUGCCAAGAUGGAUUCAACAGCCAAUGAAGUAGAGGCAGUGAAAAUCCACAGCUUCCCCACGCUCAAGUUCUUCCCUGCAGGCUCUGGCAGAAAUGUAAUUGAUUAUAAUGGGGAGAGGACGCUAGAAGGCUUCAAAAAAUUCUUGGAGAGUGGAGGCCAGGAUGGAGCAGCAGCUGAUGAUGAUCUGGAAGAUCUGGAGACAGAUGAAGAAACAGACCUUGAAGAAGGUGAUGAUGAUGAGCAAAAAAUCCAAAAGGAUGAAUUGUAAAGAGAUGACUGAUCUCCAUCACCCAAAAAUCAGACACUAAACUGGUUGCUGUUACGCAGCCCGAUGAGUCAGAAACCCAAUAAGAUUUAAAGCAGAAGGUGAAUGACUGGAAGUCCAGGGAUUGGCUCUUAAAAUAACGCUUCACCCUCACUUGUCUUUACACUUCACUCUCUCUUUCUGUCUUUUCACUUUUGAGAAGGGAUCUAUCACUAGGGUAGCCAGCCCAGCCACCUGGGUUCAUUAUUUUUUUUUUAUUGUGAUGUACUUUUUUGUACACAGUUUUUGUUUCAAGUAUUCUGUUCUCUUGGGUAGAAGAAAGUUGUGAAGUGGUAGCAUGUAAUUAAUUGCCCAACAUUCUGGAGCAUUGCCACUAAUACCUUCCAAGAAAGCCUUUUUUUCUUUGAAAAGUCUGUAGAUUUCUCCACCUGUCGGGUUCUUAUUUGUCUCAGCUGUUCUUCCCUGGAAUCAAAGUAUGUAGGGGAAGAGGCAAUAUAGGCUGACUGCAUCAGUCCUGGUGAAAGGUGGAUGUGAAGGUGCUUCUCUUCGUGCUCGCUAGACAUUUCAUUUCCUUUCCCUUCUGCUUUAAGACACUUAAAGAUGACUUCAAAAUGUGGAAGGGUGGAAUACUGUGCACUGGCUGUGGCAGGCUCUGAGGGUGGAAGUGAUUGCUGGCUCACCAGCUUAGAUGUGCUGUGCCAUCCUUUUGAUCAAAUGCAAGACCAUUUUGCAGUCACUUUCCAAGCAUUAUUUUGAAUGGGUUGACCAGAAAGGUGGGUGGUAUGGGAGGGCCUGAUUAAAAAAUACAUGAAACGUGGAAUUUGCAAUUACUGGGUUUGGGGGAGGAACUUGAACAAGGGAGUGCCUCAAAGGCCUGACCUGCAUCAGGCCUCGUUCUUAGCAUUCCGCUUAUAAUAACAUUGGAACUGAAUUUGUUGGCCAAAUAAAGUCAAGAUUUUAAUACUA